AUGUGGCAUGAAUGGACACCUGGCGUGGAAAGUGUCCAGGACCUCGUUCUGCAGAAUGUGGCUCUGGUGACGCAGAAGGUGAAGUUCAAGCUGCCGCCGACCAAAGAGUUUGAUAUGCCCUACCCAGAGCCCUUCAAGCUUGCGCCUGGAAUGAAAAAGGUCAUUCCAAUCAGCUUUCGGCCUUCCAAGUACGUUCCGCACGUGGAUAGAGUGCAGAUAGUCACCAAGGGAGGCAGCUUCUUUGUUAUCGUCAAGGCAGUGGUGAAGGACGUGGCUCUGUCCCUCCCACAUUUUUUGGAUUUUGGACUUUGUCCCACCAUGGAGCGUCAGGUGCGAUGUGUUGUCGAAUUCGAGCCAAAGACUGCUUCCGUUUUUGAUGGCCUCAUUGCAUGCGAGGUAGCCAGUGCAGCUGCAAACGCCAUUGUUGAUGACGAUGGCGACGACAGCAGUGCAAGGGCUCCGGAGGUGAAGCCAUAUGCAUUGCAGUGCACUGGUGUUGGCAAGAUGCCUCAUUUAUGCGUCCCUGGUGGUCAAAUGCCACUUGUAGAGUUUGGAGCCGUCUCCCCUGGCAAGCGUGUGCCGCAGACCUUGGAGCUGCUCAACACCACUCCGGUCCGAGCUGUCUUCCGAGUGCGUGCCGUGCACGACAGCUCAGAGACGGCACCUUUGCCUCCAGCAGCCUUCUGGGUCAGCCCAGAAUCUGGAGUGGUGGAGCCAAACUGCAGCUUUACAAUGACCUUCUACUUCCAGUCUCACACCGUCAAAGAGCAUGCAUGUCAACGCUUCCAGAUAAGCACACCUGGUGGUACACCACUGGUUGUCACAUGCAAAGCAUUUUGCCAACCGAUUGGUGUAGUGAUGUCAAUGAACUUUGGCGAAGUCCCAAGUGGGCGAGUCUUCUCCCGAACGUGGCCAUCUUAA